AUGACAUCCCGGAACCCACCCUUUCAAGAUUACAAAAGCAAUGGCGAAUCUCACGAGGUGUUGGAUUUAACUGAGUAUGCAAGAAGACACCACUGGUGGAAUCGAGUAUUUGGCCACAGUUCCGGACCUCUGGAAGGAAAAUACUCAGUAGCUACCCAGAUUGUAAUGGGUGGUGUGACUGGCUGGUGUGCAGGAUUUCUAUUCCAGAAGGCUGGAAAACUUGCUGCAACUACAGUAGGUGGUGGUUUUCUUCUUCUACAGGUUGCCAGUCACAAUGGCUAUGUACAGAUCAACUGGAAGAGAGUCGGAGAAGAUGUAAACAAAGCAAAAAGGCAGAUGAAGAAGCAAGCGAAUAAAGCAGCACCUGAAAUCAACAACAUAAUUGAAGAAGCAACAGACUUUAUCAAACGGAACAUUGUGAUAUCCAGCGGCUUCGUGGGAGGCUUUUUGCUAGGCCUGGCGUCAUAA